AUGACAGUUAGUGGCAAAGAAGAUAUCUCCAACUCGGAUUUCGAUGUCAAUAUUCUUGAAGACCCAAUUGUUGACCCAAGGGUUGAUAUGAAAUUCCCAUUACCCAUUGAUAAAGAAACUUAUAUUGAUAGUCCUGACAAUGUCAAAACGUUAAGUCAAUCAUUCAACUUGUUACAUUCAGCUCUUCGUUUCUUUUCGGGAGGCGAGAAUUACGACAAGAUUUAUAACAAUAUUGAAUACAAGUACUUUAUGAAUAAACACGAUGAUUCAUUCAAGAAGAAGUUCAAGAAUUAUAUGGAUGGCAAAUUGGAAAAAGAUGAUCCUAAAUUGGACGAGAUUGUUUACAACUUGAUUAAUCAGGAGUUGAAUAUGAAGUUGAUCAAGGCGUCUGAAUUCAAAUCAAGGUUUAAGGAAGUUAAAGACUAUAUGAUCAAGUAUUACAAGACCCAGAAUGAAAUCAAUUUACCUACUUUUGCAUCUCACCAAUUCAUUAGGAGUGCGUAUGUCACUGUCAUGACUAUUAUGCAAAAAUUGUUUCCCAAGGGAAUUUGGGUUUCUAAUCAAGAAAUGUCGAAUUUAUUUCAAAAGUAUAUUGAAAAUCCCAUGUCUAUUAUUUGGUCACCAUCACAUCAAUCGCAUUUGGAUUAUGUCAUUAUCCAUUUAUUGUCAAUUAGAUUCAACAUUGCUACUCCAUCCGUCAUUGCUGGUGAGAAUUUAAAUGUCACCAUUGUUGGUAAUCUUUUGAAAAAAUUGGGAGCCAUCUUCAUCCCUCGUUCAUUCAAUAACGAAUUGUACACUGAACGUAAUUUAAACAAUGUCAUUGAGUUUUUGUUGGUCAACAAGACCCCCUUUGAAGUAUUUAUUGAAGGUACUAGAUCAAGAGAUGGGAAGUUGUUGUUACCCAAGUAUGGAAUUUUGAAGUCAUUGGUGUCGAUUUAUUUGAAACAACGCAAUGAAGACCGCAAUGUCCAUUUUGAUAUGUUGUUCCAACCACUUGGUGUUACUUAUGAACGUAUUUACGAAAAUGAUUCAUUUUUAAAAGAGUUGAAAGGAGACGACAAGACUCAAGAAAGCUUUUUGGGAAUUGUUUCCAUUGCUGGUCUGGCGUUUUUCCCCAAAAAGGAUCAAUUGAUUUAUGAUAAACAGGGUUUCAAUGAUAAUUCAACUCGUAAUUUAACGGGUAAGAUUUUUGUCAAGUUGGGUCAAAAUUUCACCUUGAGUGAAUUUAUUGGCAAUGAUGAAUCCAUCAACAAUGAGAAAGAUGUCAAUUUAAAGAAAUUGGGGUUCAAGAUUUUACACGAAGUGAACCGAAUUGCAUUCAUUCCUGAAGUUUCAAUCAUUGGUACUGCAUUGCAAGCUUAUACUGAUUGUAGUGGCAAGACUGUCUUCACUACUGAUGAAAUGAUUCCAACAUUGAAAUUGGUGUUGAAGAUGUUGUUGCGAGAAAAUGAAUCAUCAGUCACAAACAAGAUUAUCUUGCAAGAUAUGUUGGAUGCUAGUAACGAUGAACUUGCAUCAGUCAUCAAAUAUUGCAUUGUUUCAUUUUUCCGAUUUAUUAAAGUUAAUGAGAAAAAGAAUUUAAUCAAGAUCGAAUCGCCUAUUGAAUUGUUGUAUUAUAAGAACUUGACUAUUCAUUUAAUUAUUCAAAGAUGUAUUGCUUUGUAUCUUUUGUUAUUACUUGACGGAGAUUACAAUUCUAAUCGAAGAAUUUUGGGUAAGUUGUUUUACAUUGUUACCAGUUUAUUGAAGAAUGAGUUUUUAUUUGAUUAUGAUGAAAAUCCAAGAAAUUCGUUGAAUUUCAUUCUUGAUGACUUGGUUUCUUUGGGAGUUAUUAGUAGAGUUGAACCUCAAAGAAGAAUCACUGCUGCUUCUGAAUCAAUCAUUUCUUCCUCCAACACAUCAUCAUCGUCAUCACUGGAAGAAGUCGAUGGCCCUGAAUUACCAUAUUACAAGAUUGAAGAUCGCGAAUAUGUUAAAACGUUUGCCAUUUUGGCCCAGCCUUUUAUUGAAUCAUAUAUUGUAUUGAUUACCAAUAUUUUGGAAAUGACCUCCAAUUUGGCCAACAAUUAUGCUCGUGCCAAACGUCAACAAACGCAUGCGAAAAUCAUCUUGGACGAUGAAGAGUUGAAGUACCCGACAACAAAGGGGUUGCUUAAAUAUAUCAUUGAUCAGCUGAGGAAAAAAGCCCGUUUCAAAUCACUUGAAUCGAUUAAUAAACAAUACUUGGUUAGUGAUUUGUAUUAUUUGAAUAAUUUACAAUUACUUCAAAUCUUCAAGAAUAAAGCCAAGACCAAGGCAUUUGUUCAAAUUUUGAAUCCAAGAGAUCUUGAUAUUUUGAAUCAGUUUUUGAUGCAAUUGUUGAAAUUGAGUAAUGGAGACAAGAGUUUGUUGACUGAUGAUGUUAAUAUUAGCUAUAUUAUUGAUAUCACUGAUAAGAAUUUUGAACGUGACCCGGGUCAAAUCAGAAGAAAUCAAGGAUUUAAGUUGUAA